UCUGCCAUUCGAAUUUGGCCUUCGACUUCGUACAUCACCCUUCAUCCUCUCAUCCAUCCAUAGAUCCGUGGCCCGUUGCCUUUGGUUCUGUGCCACACUGACAAGACGAGUAUAAACAUGCAGGUCGUGGACUUCCCGGAUGACAGCCAUACGCAAUACCAGGAGCAAUGGCCCGGAGAACAAAGAACGAGCGAAGAAAAGCCGACAUUGGGAAGAAGCAGGAGGUUGGAAGAAGAAGAAGAUUUGCUGUAUCUUGCCCUCGUGAUCGUGCCUUCUGUUCUGUCAUUCGAAUUUGGCCUUCGACUUCGUACAUCACCCUUCACCCUCUCAUCCAUCCAUAGAUCCGUGGCCCGUUGCCUUUGGUUGUGUGCCACACUGACAAGACGAGUACAAACAUGCAGGUCGUGGACUUCCCGUAUGACAGCCAUACGCAAUACCAGGAGCAAUGGCCCGGAGAACAAAGAACGAGCGAAGAAAAGCCGACAUUGGUAAAGGAGGACGAAACUUCUUACGCCUUGCUGGGAAAGGUACUCCUUGUGACUCUUGUUCUGGGGACGUUUGGAGCAGCAUAUUGGGUUGCACGUCAUGAAUGGAGACACACGCCGGACGGCGAAGAUAUCACCACCUCCACCCCUGCGUAUGUCGGGAUACCCAAACUUCAGCCCAAGUACCCAUUUCCCGAUGCCAGUUAUGAAGACUAUGAAGACACUCCUCACUGGCUCACGACGUCAACGGCAGAGAUACCUCAGACGACUUCCGAGGCGACAAUGUCAACACGCAUCACGCAACAUCCAUUCACUGACAAAGUAUGUGAUACGGAAGAUUGUCAAUACAUGCGUUGGCUUAUUGACGUGUCCGUGGACAUAGGGAAAGAUCCUUGCGAAAACUUUUACAGUUACGUCUGUAACGGAGCUCUGAGGUCUUUAUCUGACUGGUAUGAUAUGUCUACGACAUUCAAUUUGGAAGUCUUCCAGCGCAACAUCACCUUAAAUAUUCUCAGGCAUUUACAAGACGAAAAGGUCCCAAGAAGAGGGCAAACGGGAUAUCAAAAAGUAGCGGCCUUCCACCAGCACUGCAUGGAUAUUGAUAACGUUACGACGACUGAAGCAAUGGGACAGUUUUUAAAGCAGCAAGGAAUGACUUUUGCAAGUGACAUGCAAUUCGACCUACUGCAUGCUAUGGUGAAAUUCAUGUUUGGUUUCGACAUUCCCCUGAUAUUUGAAAUAGAAGCACGCUGGGUAAAAGGCAAGCAGCUUUUACUAUACAUGAGGCAAGAGUACUGGGUAAAAUACGCCGUCACGAAAGACCGAGAGGCGAGGAAAGAUGAGAUUACGCUAAUUUUAUCGGCAAUCCUUUCCAGAGACCUCCGCGAUCUCGCAAAUGAGAUCAUUGCAGUGGAGAAUAAUUUAUCCAAUCUGUCGCAAGUUAAGUACACUGGCAGCGAAACCUCAGAAAGCAAGAAGCUUCUGUUCCCCUUGUCGAAGUUGGGCCUUUUGGUAAACAACGACACGACCCUGUCAGAACAGUGGAAUGAAGCCGUGGAGGAUAAUACAGACCCGAGACUUCCGAAAGACUUAAAAGUCAGUAUGACAGUGAACGAUGUUCAUUUCUUCCAUAAUUUAUUCGGCAAAUUCAGGAAUGCUACGGCAAAUGAAUUAAGGAUAUUCUGUGCCUGGAAGAUUGCCCUUUACCUGUAUAAAGCUUCCUUGUUGAACCCAUCGUACAUUGGUCCGCCUGGUUAUCUGAAUCUUCCUAUGUGCCUGGACCAAAUUGUGAAAAUGUUCCCGAAUACUGUAGCUUCGGGUUUCUUCUUCUCCAUACUGAACAGUUCGAGGCUGAAUCUCGCUAGGGAGAUGAUUCAGACAAUUGUCGACGAGAUUAAGAAGUCCUUCGAGUCUUCACAUUGGCUCGACGAGACAACUCGCGUUGGAGCUCUGAAGAAACUUUCUAUGCUGAAAAGAGAUAUUGGUUUCCCGCCGGAAUUGAGCUCCGCCUUGAAAAUAGACGCGUUCUUCAAAGAUCUCCCUGACCUAAACGGACCUUUCAUUGAGGACUACAUGCAGGUUCGGAAGUUUUGGACAAAGCACAACUGGAAUGGAAUAUUGAGCGACUCCUCCUUCGUGGAUCCACGAUACACGUAUCCUUCAUUCCUUGUCAAUGGUGCUUACAUACCGGUGGUAAAUCACAUAUUCAUUGGAACCCCUCUUUUGCUCACGCCUGUCUUUUCGUAUGGUGCACCUCCAGAAGUGAACUAUGGAACCCUAGGCAGCGGCGUGACGCAUGAACUAAUGCACGGCUACGAUACGUCUGGCAGGAAUUAUGACGGUGCUGGGCAUUUCAAACCGUGGUUUACCGAAAAAAGUAUUGCGGAAUACGACAAGAUCGUUCGUUGCCACAACGAGACUAUUGAGAAAGCUCCGAAAGCUAGAGCUUACAAAGAUUAUCCCCUGGAGUAUCUAGCAGACACGAUGGGUACUACGUCUCGGUUGAGGGCAUAUAAAAAAGCUUCGAAAAAGUCGCAUGUUACUCUGGGCAACGUGAGGGAUUUGACGAAGGACAAGAUCUUCUACAUUUCCGGGUGUCUACUGUGGUGCGGAAAGGAAUUCCCAGAGCGGAGGCCGGUAGAUCAUCCGCCUUCGGAUGAAAGAUGCAACGUGCCUCUUAUGAAUUCACAACAUUUCAGCGAAACCUUUUCUUGCCCAAAGGACUCGCCAAUGAAUCCCUCGCACAAAUGUGUCUUCUGGUAAUAGCUCACUUCGUUAUAAAGGAACUCUUCACAAUA